GUUGAGCACACCCCUCGUCUGUACUUGCUCUCAUGGCAGCUGCAGAGGCCUUGGACGUGCGCAAUGUUACGACGAUUGGCCAUGUCGACCAUGGUAAGACUACGAUGAUGGAUGCCCUCUUAGCGGCCAACAACAUCAUCUCGACCCGGAUGGCCGGUAAGAUCAGAUAUCUCGACAGCAGAGAGGACGAGCAACAGCGGGGGAUCACCAUGGAAAGCAGCGCGGUUUCGCUGAGGUUCAAGGUCAUGCAGAAGGGUCCUGAAGGAGACCCUGUCCCGAAGACCUAUGUCGUCAAUAUGAUUGACACCCCUGGACAUGUCGACUUCUCGAGUGAGGUCUCGACCGCUUCCCGCUUGUGCGACGGUGCCCUUGUCCUCGUCGAUGUAGUUGAGGGUGUCUGCACGCAGACAAUCACCGUGCUCAGACAGGCAUGGCAAGACAGACUCCGACCCAUCCUGGUCAUUAACAAGUUUGAUCGCCUCAUCACUGAGCUCAAGUUGUCGCCCAUCGAGGCGUACCAUCACCUGUCGCAGUUGAUUGAGCAGGUCAAUGCCGUCAUGGGUAGCUUCUUCGCGAGCGAGCGGAUGGAGGACGACCUUCGAUGGCGGGAAGAGCGUGAACGCCGACUGGCCGCUAAGAAGGAAGCUCAUGCGGAAGAAGUUGACGCGACCGUGAACGAAGAAGAUGAGUAUCAGGAAAAAGAUGACGAAGACAUCUACUUCGCUCCUGAGCGCGGUAAUGUUGUCUUUGCGUCCGCGAUUGAUGGAUGGGGGUUCCGUAUCGGCAAAUUCGCACAUCUGUACGCCGUGAAGCUAGGCAUCAAAGAGAAGAACCUGCGGACGGUACUGUGGGGAGACUUCUACCUGGAUCCGAAGACGAAGCGGGUCGUCAGUCAUAAGCACCUUCGCGGUCGGUCGUUGAAGCCACUCUUCGUGCAGUUCGUGCUGGAGAACAUCUGGGCUGUGUACGAUGCUGUAGCGUUGAAUCCGAACCCGGACAAGGUCGCUAAGAUCAUCACAACGCUCGGACUCAAAAUUCUCCCUCGCGACCAGAAGUCCAAAGACACCCGUCAGUUGCUUUCCCUCAUCUUCUCCCAAUGGCUCCCGCUCUCGACAUGCGUCAUCCAGACCAUCGUCGAUAUCGUCCCUCCACCUUCGGAAGCGCAACGCACUCGCAUCCCGAAGAUGCUCUACCCGGACCUCUACGAGCCAACUAUCGCACCGAAGGACAGGCUCGAGGAGGUGCUGUACUCGUGCAACGGCAGUGACGACGCGCCCAUGGUCGCGCUCGUCAGUAAGAUGUUUGCUAUCCCUAGCACGGAGCUGCCCGGGAACAAGAAAAAGUCCCUCACAGCUGACGAGAUGCGUAGCCGUGCGAAGGCCACCAGGGAAGCCCGCGCUGCUGCUGCUGCUGCUGCGACGGCGGCUGCCUCUCCGGAAAGUGCGGCGCCAGAGUCAUCUGUCCCGCUCGAGGAAGCGAUGAACAACGCACAGCUGAAAGACAAGGAAGAGACGGAGAAACUGGAGACGGAAGACGAGGGCGAGACACUACUCGGGUUCGCACGCAUUUACUCAGGCACGAUUCGUGUCGGGACAACGAUCGUCUGUGUCCUCCCCAAGUAUACCUCGACGCUAGGGCCUGCGCAUCCGCGCAACAACCAGCACUUGGUCACCGCGCAGGUCAAGGAAUUGUACACCAUGAUGGGGCGGGAGCUCGUGCCUGUGGAAAGUGUGCCUGCCGGAAACGUCUUCGCGGUGAGGGGUCUGGAGGGCAAGGUUUGGAGGAAUGCUACCCUGUGCGCCCCGAGAGCAGCUGGUCUAGAAGAGGUGACGGACCUCUCUGAAGUGAAGGACUGCUUGGCCAAUAUGGCGGGGGUCAUACGCUAUGCUGCACCCAUCGUUCGUGUUGCUGUGGAGCCGGAGCACCCUGCAGACAUGCCUAAGCUCAUCCGCGGGUUGAAGUUACUUGCUCAGUCCGAUCCGUGUGUGGAAACGUUCCAGCAGCAGACAGGAGAGCACGUCAUUUUGACCGCGGGGGAGCUGCAUGGCGAGAGGUGUCUGAAGGAUCUUCGAGAGCGCUUUGCGAAAAUUGAGAUCCACGCGUCAAAACCUAUCGUACCAUUCAGAGAAACAGCUGUGAAAGGUGUUGAUAUGCCGCCUCCCAAGGUUUCGGGCGCGAAACGCGGCACUGUCCACGGUGCUGCAGCCCAGAAUCUAGUCCGAUUCACCAUCCGCGCAUCCCCUGUACCGCCAUCCGUUUACGACUACCUCCACGACAAUCUCGCCAUCUUGCGCCGCAUGCGGCUCGAGCGAAAAGCUGAGGGAGCGGACGCGAACAGCGCCAUCGAGGGCGAGGACGCGAUGGCUAGUCGAGAUGAGGACUAUGACGUUCAGGGCGAUUACAUCAAGAAGCCCACCGUGAAGGCAGAACAAUUCUGGGAUGUGCUCGCAGAGAAAUGCAAGGCCGCGGGCGGGGAGUGGGCGGACAUCGUGGACAAGAUUUGGGCGUUCGGUCCCCUGCGCAUGGGGACGUGUCUGUUGAUCGACGCGCGGUCUGGGAAGCCGAACUCACUGAAGCAACAAAUGGUACAUACGAAGUCGCACGAGGAGAUGAUGGAACAGGACCCGCUUGCGCUCGCGUUCGACAACUAUCUCGAGACUGGAUUCCAGCUCGCGACUUUCCAGGGUCCGCUGUGCGCAGAGCCGGUUGAGGGUAUGGCGUACUUUGUGGAGGCUGUCACGCUUGACAGGGAAGGCAUCGAGCAAGAACAAGCUUCAAAUCGGACGGCACACCUGACAGGGUCUCUCAUAUCUUCCGUUCGAGAUACUUGCCGUAAUGGCUUGCUGGACUGGUCUCCAAGAUUGAUGUUGGCCAUGUACACGUGUGAUAUCCAGGCUUCUACCGACGUUCUCGGCAAGGUAUACGGUGUAGUUGCGAAGAGGCGUGGGCGCAUUGUGGCGGAGGAGAUGAAGGAAGGGACAGAGUUCUUUACCGUUCGCUCGAAGCUUCCUGUCGUUGAGAGUUUCGGAUUCGCGGAUGAUAUUCGGAAGCGCACGUCCGGCGCUGCCAGUCCGCAACUGAUCUUCAGCGGAUACGAAAUGCUCGAUCAGGACCCAUUCUGGGUUCCAACCACCGAGGAAGAACUGGAGGACCUCGGCGAGAAGGCGGACCGGAUUAACAUCGCAAAGGCGUACAUGGACUCGGUCCGUGAGCGCAAAGGCAUGUUCGUGGACAAGAAAAUCGUAGAGUUCGCUGAAAAGCAGCGGACGCUGAAGCGGUAGACCGUAGCUCCCGGAGAUUGAUGUCAUCAUUUGUAGCAUGUGCAAUUCCCAUACAGAUGUAUCCUUGCAGAGGUGGUAAACAUGUAGCCUAACGCAGCUAUUGACCAAUCCGGAGGCUCGCGGCGCAAUUGUUUUGGGAAGAUAUGUCAGAAAAC